AUCAAUCUUAUUUUAAUGGGUUUGAAAAACGGGUUCACAUAAAACGGAACAAAACCACAUUCACGAACCAAAAUUCCUCUGUAAACCUCAAUCCGCAAACCCUAAAUAGAGCUACCUUUUGCGAUUUCAGAACUUCGAUUUUGAUUGAUUCUUGUAACCAUGUCCAAAACAUUGCUUACCCGACUUCUUGGCAAACCUAAACCAAAAGUCAGUGCUCAAGAGACUAUAGCCAAAUUAAACGAGACGCUUGAAAUGCUAGAGAAAAAGGAGACAGUGCUACUUAAAAAGGCUGGAGCGGAAGUUGAAAAAGCCAAAGAAUUCACGAGGUCGAAGAAUAAAAGGGCGGCAAUACAGUGCUUGAAGAGGAAGAGGCUAUAUGAUCAGCAAGUAGAGCAGCUUGGAAACUUCCAAUUGCGUAUUCAUGAUCAGAUGAUAAUGUUGGAAGGAGCCCAAGCGACUACAGAAACGGUUGAUGCGUUGAGAACUGGAGCAUUUGCUAUGAAGCGCAUGCAAACAGAAUUCAAUCUUGAUGAUGUUGACAAUAUCAUGGAUGAGAUCACUGAACAGACAGAGAAGAUGAGACAGGUUCAGGAAGCAUUGUCAGCUCCAAUUGGCCCAGCCGACUAUGAUGAGGAUGAAUUGGAAGCAGAACUUGAAGAGCUAGAGGGUGCUGAGUUGGAAGAACAGCUUCUUCAACCUACAAUUACAACUCCAGCAGCCCCGGUGCAUGUCCCAGCUGGGCAGCAACAUACCCACCCUGUGUCUGUGAAACCAACAGCUGAGGAAGAUGAAUUAGCAAAGUUGCAGGCUGAGAUGGCACUUUGAGCAGAAUUUUGCAGGCAUUGGUGUGCAUGACAUGUGUUACCUCUAAAGAUUUGGAACCGGUGACUUGGAGAAUUCUGCCUAACCUUACAAUCACUUGAUUUUUUUGGGGAAUUAUUGAACAGACAUGAUGUGAUGUAUAUAUAGAUGAUAAUUUUGAAACAACCCUUUGAAAUCUUAUCGUGCUUUACACAUUAUACAUGUACUGUUGCAGAGUAUAUUGAUGCAUUUGGUUA